AUGUCACAACAGAAUGAUCAACAAAAUCUAUCACCAAAUUCUAAUAUGUCUAAUUCGCAAUCAACAACUAAUGCAAAUAAUAAUACAACGAGCGAUCAAUUUUCAAAUCUUCAAAAGAGUUCACAACAAACACAGCAGACUACUGUACAAAACCAACAGUCAUCACCGCAACAAUCACAAUCAUCACAAACUGCCACAACUCCUCAACUACAGCCAGCUACAAGUCAGCCAUCACAAGUUGCAGUAACUGUAGCAGCACGGCCUGCAACUGUACCUCCAAAGGGUGGGAACACAAAGAAAAAAAGUGGUGGAAACAAAAAGGCGGGCGGGUCACGUCCUAAAUCCGUAACAGCAGAGAAAAAUGAUGAUUCAAUAUUGCCUCAGGCUUUGAGCCAAAUGGCAACCGAUUAUUAUAACCAGGCUGUUCAUCUUGGGCAAGACACGCCAGAAGGUCAGAGGUGUUACAAAAAUUAUUUGGAUACGAUGCAAGCUUUGGAACAGCAUCAGCGAAACAAUCAACAUGCUAGUCUUUCGUUUGUUCCUCCAGUGAACCAAAUUACAUCACCGGCAACUACUCCUUCUCCUAACCAAAUGUCUCGUAUGAUUCCUACCACUAUGACAUCCGUACCUUCUCCAUUAUCAUCGCAACCUCAGACAAUGCAUAAUCACCAAAAUAGUCCACAAAUGGUUGCAAGGCCGCAGCAACAUAUGGUUGGACGAGGGCCGCAAGUUGAAUACAAUAAUUUAAAUUAUCAGCAGUUAACAGCUUCAAGAGUAACCAAUUCUACGAGCGGAUCUUCACAAGCAACGUACAAUACGACAAGACCUUAUUUAAGACCAUCGAUGAUGCCUCCAGUACCUGAUUCGUCUUCACGAAUGAUGAUCAAUACACAUGGGCAUUCAGGGGUGACAGGGUCUCCAACAGCUCAACCUAUUCAAUCACCAAUUAUACCUUCUUCGCCACUUGCAAAUAACAUUACGGAAGGAUCAAUGAUUACUGUGCAACAACAACAAGCAAUGCAUCAAAUGCUGCAAUCACCAAGGUUACAGCAACAGACUCAAUCACCGGGAUCACAACUACCACCCCAAUCUCCACGAUCACACCAAGUACAGUCUCUACCACAAUCACCCCGAUCUCAUCAGUUACAACCUUUAUCUCAAUCACCCCAAUUACAACAUCCAUCUCAAUCACCUCAAUCACAACCGCCACAUAUAAAUUCACAUGUAAUUAAUUCUUCAAUGGAAAUUGAUACA